AUGAUGUUAUCCGGUGGAGAGUACGCGUCCUUUCUCAUUCACUGCUUUCAGCAUACUAUUCCCUUUCUUUCUUUAAUUCUCUCUGUACUCCUCCGAUCGACUGAUCACCGAUCGCUUGUUAUCUUCUUAGAUAUGAAGAAGACUGGGAGCAAGAGUCGAGCGGCCACGAAAAAGGAAACUAAAGAAGCAUUGAAGCCUGUCGAUGACCGUAAGGUUGGGAAAAGGAAAGCUGCCCCUCCUAAGACAGAGAAGAAGAAGGCUAAGAAGGAAACUAAGGGCAAGAAAGACCCGAACAAACCCAAAAGGCCCCCGAGUGCUUUCUUUGUGUUCUUGGAGGAGUUCAGGAAGACUUUCAAGAAAGAAAACCCGAAUGUCAAGGCUGUCUCAGCUGUUGGAAAAGCUGGAGGAGAGAAGUGGAAAUCAUUGAGUGCAGCUGAAAAGGCUCCGUAUGAAGCUAAAGCAGCAAAGAAGAAGGCUGAAUAUGAAAAACUCAUGAAUGCCUACAACAAAAAGCAGGAUAGCUCUGAUGAUGAGGGUGACGAAGGUUCUGAGAAGUCAACCUCGGAAAUUCACGAUGAUGAGGAAGGAAGUGUACAGGAAGCGGGGGAUGACGAUGACGAUGACGAUGACGAGGACGAGGAUGAUGAUGACGAGGAUGAUGACGAGGACGAUGAGUGA